AUGGCCACCUUCCCCCUCUUCGAUCUUCCUCCAGAGCUGGUUCUCUGCGUGCUUGAAGCGAGCGAAGCACGCGACUUGGCAGUAUUCAUCCGGACCUCUCGCGAUGCCUGGAACAUCGGACAUCCUGUUCUUUAUUCCGGACCCAUCGAGUGGAAGCAGAAGGCGUUUAUCUGGGCUGCAGAGCACGACCGCCCCCAGCUCCUCGAAUAUAUCAUCGAGGACAUCCUGCCCGUCCUCAAAGAAAACGAUACGUUCAGAAAAAGUGCCUUCCUAGCCGCUGCCCGCGGCGGAUGCUGCUCGUUGGUGGACCUUCUCAUUGAGAACGGAGUCGAGCCUUCCGAUGGCCUCAUGGGGGCCAUCAAAGCCGACAAGCCGGAAGUCGUCAAGAUUCUUUUACCUCACGGCAUCCCCGAUGGGUCCGAGGGGCGUCGUGUGCACCUAGCCAAAGAAACAUUCUUGGCCUUUGCCUCAGCGGAGGGCUCAGCAGAGGUGAUCAAGUUCCUCGUAACGAUCGGCGCGAACGUGGACGGAACGGAGAGACACAACCCCCUCAUGCACGCCGUCGAAGCGGGUCACCAUAAAGCAGCAGAAGUACUACUUACAAGCGGAGCAGACAUCAAACUGGCGCAAGGCAGCCUUGGUAGAACCGCACUCAGGGCGGCCGCAGGCAAUGGCGACAACCAGAUGGUCCGGCUGCUGCUCACGCACGGAGCCAACGUCAAUCAGAAAGACCUGCUCGAUAUGACGCCGCUCUGCUACGCAACGCAGCAUCUAGAAACAUGCAAGACACUCCUUGACGCGGGAGCCAGCGUCGAGGCCGACCGUAAUAUGCCGCUGGUCGAAGCUACGAUCCGCGACUACAGGGACGUCGUCGACUUGCUGCUCGCGAGGAGGCCAAAAGAUAUCGAGCGCACCGACCUUCUGGGACGCACGCCGCUCGCCGUCGCAGCACACCACAAUCGGCCGGAGAUCCUGCAGAAACUGAUCCAGCUUGGCGCCGAUGUGAACAAGGCCGACAGGACCGGACAGACGCCGCUUUCCCACGCGGUGGAGAAUGAGUCCACCGAGUGCAUUGCCAUCCUUCGAAAUGCUGGUUGCCGCGAGUCUGACUCUGAUGGAACCAUCCCCGCGGAGAUCAUCAACCUGUUCAAUUCGCUCGCGGCUGGUCUUCGCCGUUCUUGA